UUGGAUGGCUGGAUGGAUGGAGAGAAGGGGGGUGUAUAUAAUUGGGCGCAUGAUGUAAACAUGGAAUGAAAAACCGCAAGGCUGCAUUUCCACUUCCCCGUCGCUCCUGGUCCAUUAUCGGCGUUCAAUAUUACAUGAGGUCCUGACUAACAAAAGCGCGUCUGUCUGGACGGCUGGAGGGGGGGUGCAUUGAGCAUAAGUGAGAAAGGAGGAGACAGAAGAGGAGUUGAGCUUUGUUUCAUCUGAGCUUCAGAAAGGAGGUUUAUUUUUUUGGCUGGACGAGUUGCUCUUUUGUGCUUUUUGGACCCAAGCCUAUUCACUCGCGGGGAUUUCCCCCCUUGUCUUCAACCCAUCUGAUUUAUUUAUCUUGUGGUUGUUUUUUGUUUCGGACUGAAGCAUGAAGCAGGAAUAAACACCCCAAUAUGUUGCAUCCCUGAGGUAGACACGUCCCCAUGGGUGAGGCCCACUGAUCCAAACACCCCAACACGCCCCCCUUUCACCCCUCUCCCCUGCCCUCCUCUGUCACCUCCGAACGCUGCCUCCCGUCUUGACUCAAGCCAUCAUGACUUCUACCAGCAAGCUGCUGGGUUUGGUGGAGGUGGGGCUGAAGUGCGACCAGGAGAUUGAAAGGAGGUACGAGAUUGUGCCCUCGGUGGUCUGCUCCAUGUGCUGCCUCUUUGGAAUCAUCUACUGCUUCUUUGGCUAUCGAUGCUUCAAGGCGGUGUUGUUCCUCACGGGCCUGAUGUUCGGCUCCGUGGUCAUCUUCAUGCUGUGCUACAAGGAGCGGGUGAUGGACACUCAGCUGAGCGUGGAGGCAUCAGUCGGCAUCGGCCUGGGCAUCGGGACCCUGUGCGGCCUGGUGACCAUGCUGGUCCGCAGCGUGGGGCUGUUCAUGGUGGGCCUGCUGCUGGGCCUGCUGGUCGGAGUGGCCUCGCUGGUGGUCAUGGAAGAGUUCUAUCACCCCAAAACAGUGUGGGUUCCUCUGGGCAUCCUCCUGGGCUCCGGGACGUUAUUUGCUGUCCUCACACUUCAGUGGCAGUGCUGCUUUGUCACCUUGUCCACCGCCACGUUUGGCUCUGCCAUCAUCACUGUCACCGUGGAUUACUUCAUAGAGCUGUUCGCCUUGGUCCACUAUGUCUACGAGAGACUCAGGGUGGCGCCAAAGAAGCCAGUGUGCUGGUUUACGUGGGUCAUCUUGGGGGUGUGGCCUGUCCUGGCCCUCCUCGGAGUGCUGAUCCAAUGGAAAGUCACUGCGGAGGGAUUUUCUCACACAGAGGUGGUUUUGAGUCGACAGCAGCGAAGGGUCCAGCUCAUGCGUAUCCGACAGCGUGAAGAGAAGCUAAAAAAGGAGCGGGAGAACAAGAAGAAGAAGAAGCGACAGACCCAGAAAACCGGCCACAAGCAGAAGGCCCAAACUCAUCACCACCACCACCACCACCAGCAAUAUCACCACCCAGCCGCAUCCCACCCGCAUCACCAAACCCAGAACCCCCAGCCGCCUAAACUCCCUCCUCCGCAAACUGAGCCUGGCUACCACCGCAAGGUCAACCCUAAAAGACGCUUCGAUGGAGACGUGCUGUCACCGAGCUACAUCAGGAGCUUCAGGGACAGGCAGACGGACAGACGGGCGUACUCCAACAGUCGAAUGAUGAGCCGCUCCCGGAUGGCCGAGCUAGACUACGACUGCGGCUCUCAGGUGCCCCUCACGGCCCCCAGCUGCCCCCCGGUUCGCAUCUGAGGCAGAGAAAUGUAUAAAUCCACACACACAGUCGCACAAUCACAACAAGGCUGCUUGAAAACACUUUGUCGAAGUUAGGCAUAGAAAACCUGACCUCACCGUGCCAACCUAAUGAACUGCCUAUCCAAACAGGAUGUGUUCCUGAGGUGGCUGGAUUGAGUCCCAGGCUGGUUUGCUCCUCUCAGACCAGGUAAAGACAAACAAGAGCUGAUUGCUGUUGAAAAGUCAAAUCUCUGACAUCAUGAGUUAUUACAAGCUGUAUCUGACUCUUCUGUAUCUGUGAUUAUUUGGAGGACAAAAGCUGGACCAGUUCUGUGGGAAACUGUCUCUUGAACAUUUAAUUAAAUCUUUUUGUGGUUGCUUUAAGCAAUAAGAAGUCAAAUCUAGUGGGAUUGCAUAAAAAACCUUAAAACGCUAACGUCCCUAUUCAUGGUUGUGCCAUUUAAGAUAAAACUGUUGGGUGGCAUUUAAAGAAUCAAGGUAAGAAAGGAUUUCACAGCUCUCAGAAGCAAACGGCAUAAACACAGUCAAUACUAAAACAGAGAGGCAGCUCUUCAUUAUUUUCUCCAAUGAAAGGUCAAACAAGCUGUUCAUGAGCCUGUUAUCUUCACUGACAGUCUGUGAAUCCAGACUUUGCAGCAAAAGUCUUGCUUCAAAACGCAGAGACGACAAAAGACAGUUUUUUAUGCUCCAUUUUCCAAGGAGAAUGUGCUACAUGUCGCCGCUUUCCUCGUGCCCUAGGCUGCCAACUAGACGUGAGCCGGAGAUACCUCCCUUCUUCUUUCUUUCCACUGACAUUGAAGCAACUGUGUGUAAUUCUGUUUGUUGACAUGUCUCCAAGUGCUCUCAUGUUCCCAUAAUUCCCCAAAACAAUCUACAUUUUGAGAGAUCUGUUUAAAAUGCUGUAAAAAACAAUGAACAGUCGUCUGAUACAUGGUCGUCCAGGAAUUUAACCGGCGAUAUGAAAGGGGAUGAAACUCGACAGAGAAAAUUAAAUAUAGUGUGUUUUGUGUGUGUGGACACAUGAGCCCUGUGGCAAGUGAUGGCUUGUACCAAAUAUCAGCCAGGGAUGGGGGGGUUCAUGGUGAUGUAUGUAAAAAUAUAUUCUCUCUUUUUUACUAAAUAUAGUGCCCCAGUUUAAAUGAGAGUCCGUUCGUUUAAAAGAGUUAAAUGAUAAAAACACUGAGGAGGAAAAGGGGAUUUAAAAAGGGGGAUAAUCUCCUGUAAAAGAGACAGAGGGAAAGUGACAGGCAUCUGCAAUGGGCGCCCUCUACUGUUUACUACUGGACCUGCACUCUGCCUGUGUGAAUAUGUUUGUGUGCACAUGCAUUACAUACCUUGAGCGUGUGAGUCGCUUUUACAUUCAGUUGUGUCAACAUUGUUGUUGUGGUGAAAAUGCAGUUUGUGUUUUCAGUACAACAGCACCAUUUUUGUUUUGUUUGAACCUGCGCUGUUGUUCCCCACAAUAAACAAUGUUAUCAAUCCAACUGAGAUUAAAUGUUGCUGUAAAAAUAAAACCACUAAAAUAUCCCAAAAUGCAAAAAAAAGAUUUUUUUAUUUCUGAGGUUUUGAAAAACAAAACAAUUCUACAAAACUUAAAUACUGAAGUACUACCAAAUACUGAGGUGGAACUUGGCGUUAGCAGACUUUGCAGUUUUUUUGUGUGAUGAACUCGGGAGCGGAGGACUUUCACUUUAACCCAUUACUGCAUGAGAAUCUCUGUGUAACUGUUUCCAAUGUGUCAGUGUUUCCGUGUGUCACUGUUGUCACGUAAAAACUUCUGAUUUACAGUUUCCUAUGGUGCACAAAACACUUGCAGCAUUGAUUGUAGAGUGAAACUUGUAGAGGGAGGUUGAUCUGAAGUGAUGUCUAGGAUGCAGGAGUGAGCAUCAUAAUCUGAAUAUUUUCAUUCAUUUUUUUAAAAAGAAAUUUACAUCUUUGGUACAAGAUUAGAAAAAAUUAAAAGGACCAAAGUAUUCAGUCUCAAUGAAAAGAUACAGAGGCUGAGUUCUUAUCAUUCUCCUGCUCUUCCUCCUCGUCUUGCUGCUUCUUCUUCUUUUUCUUCUGCUUCACCACCUCCUCCUCCUCUUCUUCUUCAUUUACACUGUCCAGGUAAUGGGCUUUGAAAAGACAUUUGAAUCAUUUCUUUGUAAUAUGCUGAGCCACCCUCUGUUCUGCUCUAUGUGUCUGUAUGUAAGUGGCUGUUCAGGUGUUAUUCUGGGUUUUGCUUACAUUCCAGUCCCGUGCAGUUGUAACACCAUCACUGUCCUUACCUGGAAACAAAACAUUAAACUUUGACCGCUCUCUUGCUUGUAAAUUGGGGACAAGGUGAAUAAUUAUUCUCCUCUUCUUCCUUUGAUUUGCUUUUAUUCCUAUUAUUCCCUGUGACUGCUUAUCACUUGUGAGUUAACGUUGGGAUGACGCCUUUAUUGUAGAUACUGAAGUGUAAAUAGUUUUUAAAUGUACAAAUGUUUGGUUCUGUUUUCAUGUUUUACACCACGAUCGCUUAUGCCAUGUAAAUGAUCCCGCUGAUUCUUUUUUAAUGGAGUAGACUUGUUUUAUAUUGCGUUCCUACUGUAUGUCCGGUUGGUUUCAUCUGGUUGGGCGGUGGAUGCACUGCUAUCAUUCUCCUCCUGUCUCAUCCAUGUGAUGCUGAAAAUCAACUAUAACAAACUGAGCCUUGACUUUUGAUUAUCAGCAGUUAUUAGAAAUUCAUUAAUUGCGAAAUGAUUAAUAAUGUUCCGACCACCCUGUUUAAAUUUGUAUGGUGUUUAUUAUUAUUAUUAUUAUUAUUAUUGUUAUUGUUACUGCGCAUGAAUUUAUAUGGACCUAAAAUAUGAUAAACAUUGUGAUUCUACAACC